AUGGGGCUACAAAGGUUCUUGAAGCCCUCAAGACCGAAGGGCACCUAUCGUCUACACGAUUUCAUCAUCCAACGUACCCUUGGCACAGGAAGCUUUGGUCGUGUCCAUCUGGUUCGCAGCAAACACAAUCUGCGGUUUUACGCAAUAAAGGUUCUGAACAAAGAACGCAUCGUGAAAAUGAAACAGGUUGAGCAUACGAAUAACGAGCAGCAUAUGCUCGAACAUGUACAGCAUCCUUUCAUCAUCAAUCUUUGGGGCUCGUUUCAAGAUGCUGGUAAUCUGUAUAUGGUGAUGGACUUCGUCCCCGGCGGCGAGCUCUUUACGCUUCUACGGAGGUCGAAUCGCUUCCCUGAUCCGGUCGCAAAAUUUUAUGCCGCUGAAGUUGCCUUGGCGUUAAAUUAUCUGCAUACGCUCGAUAUCGUAUAUCGCGACUUGAAGCCAGAGAAUAUUCUCCUCAAUACCGAUGGCCAUAUCAAGAUCGCCGAUUUUGGAUUCGCAAAGUUGUGUAUGACGACUACUUGGACACUUUGUGGUACCCCCGACUAUCUUGCGCCCGAGAUCGUCAACCAACAGCGCUAUAACAAGAGUGUAGACUGGUACGCGUUGGGGGUCCUGAUCUUCGAGAUGUUAUCAGGUCUACCUCCGUAUCAUCAAGGCGAUUCGCCCCCCAACCAUUUGGUGCUCUAUGAGAGAAUUACUAGAGGCCCAGCCUACAUCAAGUGGCCGGCGGCCUUCAGCGAGAAUGCGACAGAUAUCAUUCUCAAGCUAAUGGAGAGCGAUCCCUCACGGCGUUAUGGCAAUCUCCAACAUGGGGCUGGAGAUGUGUUUGCCCAUCCUUGGUUUAGGGAGGUGGACUGGGAGAAGCUGGCUGCGAGGGAGAUUACUGCACCCUUCCUUCCUAGAAUCAACGGGGACGGUGACGCAUCUGCAUUUGACCAAUAUCCCGAAGACAACGCAGCCGCAGCAUAUGGCCUACCCGUCUCGGACGUGUAUGGCACGGUCUUCCCCGACUUCGAAUAUACGAAUCCUUUAUGA